AUGGUUUCUUCCUUGUUGCUGCUCACCCUCGCAUUCGCGUCGCAUUACAGCGUCGCAUCAGAGGCCCAAGCGCACUUGCGAGGGGCACCGACUUGCUCCUGGACGCCGCUGGAGGAGAAGUCGUCGCUGUUGGAAUGCUCAAGCUGGGAGUUCGCAUCAUCAGAGAGGAAAGACGAGGGCUCGGCACAAACACGGACGCGACCAAAUGGGACGACGACGGAACCCGAACCGACGGGCUGGACUGGGCCCCAUGGAUGCGCGGGCAGCUACUGCUUAUACGCGAACCGCGGCUUCGCGGGCGGACGUGGAAUCGUCAUCAUCUCGACACCGGAGAACGUCGAGAAGGCAAAAGUCUUGGAGCAGACCUUACGGGGCGGUCAGGCUCUCGAAGACGAUCCCUCAUCGAGCAAUCCCUCCUUCCGCAUCACAGAGGUCGAGGGCAAAGGUCUGGGCAUGAUCGCCAACAAGACCCUCGCGCGCGGUGACACCGUCAUGCUUAAACCGCCGGUCCUUCUCGCCCACCGCGCCUUCAUCGAGCGGGCGCCCCCGGCGGACCGGCACGUCCUCCUGGACUCCGUCGCGGGGUUCCUGCCGCCCGCGACGCGCAGGAGCUUCUUGGGUCAGAUGGGCCACUUUGGCGGGCACCGCGUCAGCGACAUCAUGGCGACCAAUUCGUUCCAGAUGGACGUCGGCGGCGUCGGCGCCCAGGACGAUGGCCAUCACUACGGCAACUUCCCCGAGGUGUCGCGGUACAACCACGACUGUCGGCCCAACGUGGCCUUCCGCAUCGGGCCGGACCUGCGGCACCGCACGACCGUCGUCCGGCCCGUGAAGCCCGGCGAGGAGCUGACCAUCUCGUACCUUGACCCGCUCGGCACCCGCUCCGUGCGGCAGCACCGCGCCAAGCGGGCAUGGGGCUUCGAGUGCGGAUGCUCGCAGUGCGGGCUGCCCCGGAAGCAGGCGGCGGCGUCGGACGCGCGGCUGUGGGAGAUUGAGGAGCUCGAGAGGCGGCUCUCGGACAUCGGCGCGACGGUGACGACGGCCUCGGUCGAGCGGUUCCUGAAGCUGCACGCCGAGGAGAGGCUGGAGAGCAAGAUGGCCGGGGCCUACACCACCGCGGCGCUGAACUUCAACCUGCUGGGCAGGAACAAGCUGGCGGUCAAGUAUGCCAGGUUGGCGGUGGAGGCCGGGACGAUCGAGAACGGGCCCGAGGCGGGCGACGUUGAGGCCAUGCGGGCGUUGGCGGCGGACCCGAAGAAGCAUUUUACCUGGAAGGGGAGGCUCCGGUGA